AUGGGCUACAAAGUCCUGCACGUGCCGUACUUCGAGUGGAGGAAGCUCCGUGGUGCGAAGGAGAGAGAGGAGUAUAUGCGAACCAAGCUCAAGGAGGAACCCACUGAGUGGCUCGAUCCUGAGGAUGAGAAAUACUACAUGGCCCGACAUGCAGAGAUGGUCAAAGUCGUUGGAGAAUCCGAGAUCUCAUCCGAGCCUACUCCGCAAGCCAUUGAUAAGGCACCAUCUGUUUCUGGUGCUAGCACUCCUAAAAGCACUUCUAGCGGUGGACGUGGUAUUUGA